AAGGAGAAGAGCAGCUGCCCCCUCCCCCCUCUCCGCCUUCCUCCCCGUUCUCCUCCUCCUCCUUCUCCUCCUCCUCCUCCUCCUCCUCCUCCUCCUCCCUCCCGGCCCCCCGAGCGGAGCGCGGAGUCACCGCGGCGCGUAGACGGGCCCGGCACUCGCACACACACAAUGGCGCUGAAACGCAUCAACAAGGAACUUAGUGACUUAGCCCGUGAUCCUCCAGCACAGUGUUCAGCAGGUCCCGUUGGAGAUGACAUGUUUCAUUGGCAAGCCACAAUUAUGGGACCUAACGACAGUCCAUAUCAGGGUGGUGUAUUCUUCUUGACAAUUCACUUUCCCACAGACUACCCAUUCAAACCACCUAAGGUUGCAUUUACAACAAGAAUCUAUCAUCCAAAUAUUAACAGUAAUGGCAGCAUUUGUCUUGAUAUUCUAAGAUCACAGUGGUCUCCUGCUUUAACUAUUUCUAAAGUUCUCUUAUCCAUUUGUUCACUGUUAUGUGAUCCAAAUCCAGAUGACCCACUAGUGCCAGAGAUUGCACGUAUCUAUAAAACAGACAGAGACAAGUACAACAGAAUAUCUCGGGAAUGGACUCAGAAGUAUGCCAUGUGAUGCUACCUUAAAGUCAGAAUAACCUGCAUUAUAGCUGGAAUAAACUUUAAAUUACUGUUCCUUUUUUGAUUUUCUUAUCCGGCUGCUCCCCUUUCAGACCUCAUCUUUUUUAUUUUUUUGUUUACCUCCUUCCAUUCAUGCACAUGCUCAUCUGAGAAGACUUUAGUUCUUCCAGCUUUGGACAAUAACUGCUUUUAGAAUCUGUAAAGUAGUUACACAAGAACAAUUGCCCAAGAUUCAGAAUUUUUUUUAAUGGAGCAUGUGUAUUAUGUGGCCAAUGUCUUCAUUCUAACUUGGUUAUGAGAUUAAAAACAAACAAACAUUCCUCACUGCUCUAACAAAUACUGAAGAUACCACCUGAAGGGGGGAGGGGAGAUGGAUGUUCAGUUUUCUCCCAUCAAAGAAGUGAUAUUGCUGUAGCAACAUCCAUCUUGUUCCAAACCUUCCAGUGUUAGAGAACUGAGGUUUUAUUACAUACUUUUGCUCAUAACUGAUGUGUCUGGAGAAUUGGUACUGAAUCUAUAGCAUCAGCAGAACAGAAAAUGUGAUGUAUCUUAUGCAUGUCAAUAAAGGAAUGACCAGUUCUUGUUUUACAGAGAAUGGAAAUUGGAAGUCAAACAUCCCUUGUAUUCCAGAAUAGGGUUUAAGAACAUUUUUGUAAUUCAUUUAAAUUUUGUUAGGAGGCUUGGAGCUAUUAGUUAAUCUGUCUUCCAAAACACUGUUUAAUAUAGCACUGAAUAAAUGAUGCAAGUUGUCAAUGGAUGAGUGAUCAACUAAUAGCUCUACUAGUAAUUGAUUUAUUUUCUUCAAUAAAGUUGCAUAAACCAAUGAGUUAGCUGCCUGGAUUAAUCAAUAUGGGAAACAAAAUCUUUUGUAAAAGCAAAGCUGGUUUUUUGUAUAUACUGUUGGCAUUUGCCUCGUUGUUUAACAUCAAAUAAUGAUGUAAAGUUCAAUAGAGUGACUCUUCUGCCAUUUUCAGUUCUAAUGCUCAGUCUGUUGCAGGUUGGCACAUUGCUCGGCCUGAUGGAUGCAGAAUUAAUAAGCUAACAUAGUCGUGUAGCCGUAGUAGGGGGCUGCACUUGGUGCUGGGAGCCCAGCGUUCAAGGAUGGACUUGGGACCCAGCAGAUCUGAAGCGGUGUAUUGUGGAGAUACUUCCUGAUGCACCUGUGUUUGCUGACUGAGAACCUUUUUCUUCACCUUGUACACUUGACAACUGAAAGAUCUUAAUGUGGGGGUAAUGAUGAGGCAAAAAAAUUAUAAAAUAAAGUACUGUUUUGAUGUGGGAAUUGUCAUGAGGCUGUGUUGAAGUGACUUUACUAUGUGGGAUGUUCGUUGCCAUUGAAAAGGACUUGUUCAGCCAUGCUGCCAUUUACAUUGAUGACUAUUUUAAUGCAACAGACACUUUCUUCAUGUCAGGUGACUAAACGUGAAUAAAGACUCAUUGCUAUUGGAUUUUUGUUCUACAAGAAA